AUGAGCAUCAAGUCAGCCAUCGUCGUCCUCGCUACCCUCGCCUUCCGGGCCAUUGCGGUCCCGGUCGAGCCCGCCCAGCCCCCAAACCCGGAAGACUGGACCCUCCUGAACUUCCGACGCACUUGCGAAGCGGACCAGAGCCGGUGCAGCUACACUUUCCUCGUCUCCGAAGACGCGGCCAAGGUGCCCAGGUACUGCAACUUUGACAUUGACGCCGCCGGGGGGCUCCCCGCGUACCAGACCGACUUCUCGUCCCUCAAGUGCCCGAGCGCACCCGAGUAUACUAUCAACGGCGGCUGGGACGAGCAAGGCUUCAUCACGCUGACGGUCAUCAACGAUCCGAGGAAGCUCCUAUCUUUCUUCGCUUUCAGAGAUGACGAGCUGUGGGCUGGUGAGGCGGCGACGCCGCAGCAGUCUAAAGUCUUUGAUUACCCGUUCUCCGCCAAGCGAGAGGUCGUGGCCAGCCAGGAAGAGAGUGAGAUGGCAUACGCUCCCAGCUGGAAGAUUAAGGAUUUCAUCAGAUAUGAAUUCAACCGAGGAAUCCCUUACAGCGAUGCACUUAUUAUGAGAUUCGGCAUUCAGAGCGGUCCUUUGACCGAACAGUGCCUCCUGAUCAUUGCCCUUUUUGAGGGAACUGUACCCCUGGGUAAGAGCUUCGCCGACGCAGCCUGUGGCUACGGUGGAUGGACGGUUUCUUGGGGUCACAACGAGACCACAGACGAGGCUGUCAUGACCUUGAUGAAUGUACACCAUGACAGGAGAGCAUUCUAUGGAUUCAACGAUGUCAGCAAGAACAUCAUUCUGGGUGACAAUGGACCCAGACCCGCGUCACCAUUUUGA